UCUUUUUAUUAUUAAAACUGUUAAGAAAGAGUGGUCAAAAUACAAUGUAUAUGUGUAUAUACAAAAAUGUAUAUCUAAACGUAAAGUGCAUGUUAUGUAGUUUAAUUGCCAGUUUUUGAUAGAACAAGCGGGAAAAUUCAGGCGCAAAAGUUUUUGUUUGGUGAAGUGAAGUGAAGUAGCACAAGAAGCGAGAAGACAGGAGUACAGAGCUUCACGGAAGAGACAGAACGAUAGCAUAGCUGUUAAAAAUUUUCAUCGAAACAAUGAGCGAUAAUUACAACAGUUCUCGUCAUAAAACUGGUGAUAAAAAACGCAAGCAAGAAUAUGCUGGUGAUAGUAGGAAGAAGUCCAGCAGGGGCAACAAAUACUCCUAUAAUAUUGAUGAAUAUCCAGAACUAAAAUAUACAGUGGAACACUUUGAAAGUUACACCAGCUAUACUCCGAAAAACAGCAGUCCCUCCAGCAGUGCAUCAAAAUCAUGGGGUGACAUUAUGGAGGAUGAAGACAGGCGGCAAAAUGAACGAAGCAGAUCACAAGGAAAUAGAUCAGAUAGGGCAAGACGCAAAAUGCCACUGUCUGAGGUGAAUUCGAAUCAAUUCCCUAAGCGUUACGAGCAUGUUAAAUCACGCGCUAUUGCGAAACCUAUUGAAACGGAUGAGAAAAGAUUAUCCACAAGACAGAGACAAAUCGAUAUCGGAAAAAAUACUGAAGGUUAUAGAAAAUAUGUCGCUGAGGUAACAAGAAGAGAAAGGACAAAAGAUCAUCCUUGGACCCCAAACAAGUUCACUGUAUGUAGUACUAGAUCUUGGAGUGGAAUAAUGAGAAUCUGGAGACGAAAACUUCAUUUCUGGGAUCCACCAAGUUUGGUUGCACAAAACGAAAACAGUUUUUGCAACAUCCCCUCAAGUCCUGUUGACGAUGUCUUCCAAAAGAGACACAUUGAUGACAGUAUGGAAACAGAUGACUGUCACUCUGAAAACAGCAGUCAAACUAGUUCAAACGAGGAUUCGCAGCGAGGUUACCAUGAUGGUUUGGCUAAUAUACCCGAAGAAGAGUUUUUAUUUGGUAAAUACGAGUUUGCUGAAAAUGAAAACUUCAAUAUUCAUGUUGCGUAAAACUUCCAAUAGUUCUAGAGAAUAGCUUGGCAAUAGAUUAAACAUAUGUGUAGCUUUUGACAAGUAAGAUUAUGAGAAGUUAUUUUAUGCAUAUGAAAUAGUCUUUCUCGUUGAUCACAUAGAACAUAUCUAUAGCAUUAUUUAACUGUUAUUUUUAAAGUUGUAAAUAUAGAUAAUUAUUUCUAAAAAUCUUUUACUUUUUUAGGGUACUUUAUUUUAUUCACAGAAAACUUGCCUUUGACCAGCGACCUUAAAAACCUGAAAUUUGGGAAAUUUCGAAAUUAUAAGUUAAAAUGUUGUAUUUUUUUAAAAAACUAUCUAUCGCAUUUCUGAUUUUGUGUUAAUGUAAAAUUUCUGAUCGAGAGAUUGUAAAUAUAGUAGUGUUCAGAAGGAGUUUAGGUUGCAAAUAUCUUGCAACCUGAAAUUGUGUACAUAAUGCGUAAUUGUUUAUUUUACUGAAAUAUACUCUUCCCAAACUUUUUACAA